AGUUGUGCUGCUUCACAGUGUUUACAAUUUUUUCUUGGUCUGGUGUUUUAAAAAAGCAUUAAAAUGCCUAAAAGGCGCUAUGGGAGGCUCAGCCUGAAGACUACCGUUGAGCAGCAGCUAGCGGAAGUCGCUAAAGAGAUCUUGUGGCUGCUCCAGGAGCGCAGCCAGACCGGACUGGAUGAGCUAAAGCGGCUGGUGAUGGAGCGCAUCACCGCGGCCGUGGAGCUCAUCCUCACCGCCUUCGAGGUCAGCAGAGCGGCCGAGAAACCGCGGGACCCCGUAGCCUGUCCCAGAGCUGACCCCGCAUCAAAGCUGAGAGAUUUUUGCAUGUCAGUCAGUCUGAACCAGGAACAGCUGAAGGAGACCGUGCCGAAUACAUCCUCCAGGACAGAGACGGUCCACGAACUGAAGCACCAACCCGCCUCUCCAGAGGAUCCGUCUGCAGAUGAGGAGAUUGAUUCGGCCGAGGGGCCGUCUCACAGCUGCAGAGUGUGUGGGCAGUUGUUCGGUGGGAGAGGUUUUCUGCUAAAACAUGCAGAGAAACACUCCGGUGAAUCCAAGUGCGGUGUGUGCGGUGAAAGUUUGAAGCCCGGCAACAGCCUGAGUCAACAUCUCCAAACACACCGCGACACCGGCAGGACUUGUGACAUCUGUGGCAAGAAGUUCCCGUCGAUCAGAGCGCAGGAGACCCACAUGAGGCUGCACACCGGGGAGAAACCCUUUAACUGCCAGUUCUGCCACAAGGGAUUCAACCAGAAGGGUAAUAUGGUGACUCACAUGAAAACUCACACAACCGAUGAGCUUUUGACGUGCACCAUCUGCUAUGAAGAGUUCAGCCAGAGCAGCUUCUUAGAGCGGCACAUGAAGGUUCACGAAGAGCAGAUGGCGUUCACUUGCAAAGUCUGCGAUGAAGGCUUUCAGACGAUCGCGGAGCUGAGGCGGCACGUCCGAAGCCACAACCAGCAAACCAAGAAGACCAAACGUAGGAAACCAAGCUUGACUCCGUCUCAUUCCUGCAAGAUCUGCGGGAAUUCCUUUCACAAUAAAGGCAACCUGCUCCGGCACGCCGAGACGCAUCUAGAUGACCCCAACUUCCUUUGCGGGAUUUGUGGAGAGCACGCCGACUCUUUGGAGAGUCUGCAGCUCCACCUGCAGAGCCACCGAAAAACGAGCAGGAUCUGCGAAAUCUGUGGCGUCAACUUCCGAGACAUGGAGAUUCACAUGCGGACGCACACCGGCCAGAAACCCUUCCGGUGCAAGGACUGUGGGAAGGAGUUCCCCCGGAAAGGCUCCCUGGAGAGACACAUGAGGCUGCACGCCGGCGAGAGGCCGUACAUCUGCGAGUUCUGCGGAAAAACGUUUGUGGAAAACACCGUCCUGAAGAGGCACAUCAAAAGCCACACCGGAGGAAAACCCAGGAUUUACCCCUGUGAGGUCUGUGGCAAGAAGUUCACCAUGAGCCAACACCUGGACGUCCACAAGAGGAUCCACACGGGGGAAAAACCCUACACCUGCAGAGUCUGCAACAAGAGCUUCCGGCAGAUCGGCAAUCUGGACUCUCACAUGAGGAUCCACACGGGCGAAAAGCCCUUCAUCUGCAGCCUCUGUGGCAAACGGUUCCGGCAGAAGAUCUCGCUGGAGACGCACGAGAGGUUCCACAAGAAGGAGAAAGCCUUCGUCUGCCAGCUCUGCAGCAAAGGGUUCGUCCAGAAGAUCGACCUGAAGAGACACAUGCUCACGCACACCGGCGAGAAGCCGUUCAGGUGCGCGCUUUGUGGGAAGAGCUACCAGGAGAAACGCUCUCUGGACUCGCACAUGAAGGUGCACAGCGGAGAGGCGGCCGCCACGGGGUUAACUGUGGCUCCCAACGUGACCCAGCAACAGGAGGAGGUGCACCCGGAUUUUAUUCACCCAACCGGGACCUAAGAACGGAGACGCUGUGGGGGUGACGGCGCCCCCUGCUGGUGCCACAAGACAAUCUCCUGAACACUAAAUUAACUCAUUAAUAGAUUCUCAGAGCAACAUCUCCAGAUUUCACCUCUGCCACAUACUCAGAAAUUUACCAAAAUACACAUGCAACUAGUACACCCCACCACACCCAAUUAUAUAAAUAAAUGAAAGGAAAACAAAACCAACAAAAUCUCUUAUGGGGCUUAAAAUAUAUUUCAAAAUCCAAACCAAAACACUAGAGCUGCCACAAACGAUUA